UUCUGGCGCAUGCGCUCUCAGAUCAGUCUCCUUCCAACCGCUUGCUUCAGCCGGCGAUAGUUUGUGGCUGGACCUCCUGCGACCUCGGGUUGCCAUGCUGCCCUUCUCUUUGCUCUGGGCAAGUCGGCCUCUGCAGAGAUGUGGUCAGCUAGUCAGGAUGGCCAUACGGUGCCAGCACAGUGAAGUGGCCCAGACCCAAACUGGAGAAGCAACCAGAGGCUGGACAGGCCAGGAGAGUCUGUCGGACAGCGACCCUGAGAUGUGGGAGCUGCUGCAGAGGGAGAAGGACAGGCAGUGUCGUGGCCUGGAGCUCAUUGCCUCAGAGAACUUCUGCAGCCGAGCUGCGCUGGAGGCCCUGGGGUCCUGUCUGAACAACAAGUACUCGGAGGGUUAUCCUGGCAAGAGAUACUACGGGGGAGCAGAGGUGGUGGAUGAGAUCGAGCUGCUGUGUCAGCGCCGGGCCUUGGAGGCCUUUGACCUGGAUCCUGCACAGUGGGGAGUCAAUGUCCAGCCCUACUCUGGGUCCCCAGCCAAUCUGGCUGCCUAUACAGCCCUUCUGCAGCCUCAUGACCGAAUCAUGGGGCUGGACCUGCCUGAUGGGGGCCAUCUCACCCAUGGCUACAUGUCUGAUGUCAAGCGGAUCUCAGCCACAUCCAUCUUCUUCGAGUCUAUGCCCUAUAAGCUGAACCCCAAAACCGGCCUCAUUGACUACGACCAGCUUGCACUGACUGCUCGACUUUUCCGGCCACGGCUCAUUAUUGCUGGUACCAGUGCCUACGCCCGCCUCAUUGACUACGCCCGCAUGAGAGAGGUAUGUGAUGAGGUCAAGGCACACCUGCUGGCGGACAUGGCCCACAUCAGUGGCCUAGUGGCUGCUAAGGUGAUCCCCUCUCCUUUCAAGCAUGCGGAUGUUGUCACCACCACCACUCACAAGACCCUUCGAGGGGCCAGGUCAGGACUCAUCUUCUACCGGAAGGGAGUGCGGGCUGUGGACCCCAAGUCUGGCCGGGAGAUCCCUUACACAUUUGAGGACCGAAUCAACUUUGCCGUGUUCCCGUCCCUGCAGGGGGGCCCCCACAACCAUGCCAUUGCUGCAGUGGCUGUGGCCCUAAAGCAGGCCUGCAGUCCCAUGUUCCGGGAGUACUCCCUGCAGGUUCUGAAGAACGCUCGCGCCAUGGCUGAUGCCCUGCUCGAGCGCGGCUACUCACUGGUGUCUGGUGGCACUGACAACCACCUGGUGCUGGUGGACCUGCGGCCCAAGGGCCUAGAUGGUGCUCGAGCUGAGCGGGUCCUGGAGCUCGUGUCCAUCACGGCCAACAAGAACACCUGUCCUGGAGACCGAAGUGCCAUCACGCCUGGGGGCCUGCGGCUUGGGGCCCCAGCCUUGACUUCUCGUCAGUUCCGUGAGGAUGACUUCCGGAGAGUUGUGGACUUUAUAGAUGAAGGUGUCAGCAUCGGCUUGGAGGUGAAGAGCAAGACGGCAAAACUCCAGGAUUUCAAAUCCUUCCUGCUCAACGACCCAGAAACAAGUGAUCGGCUGGCCAACCUCAGGCAGCGUGUGGAGCAGUUUGCCAGGGCCUUCCCCAUGCCUGGUUUUGAUGAGCACUGAAGGAAAUGAGGCCCAUAGACUGGAAUCUAUUUCCCUUCCCCCUCCCUGGACCAGUAGAGGGCAAGGCCUAUCUUCCAAUUUUUUGCUGGGAGCGGGGGAAGGCCUCCCACUUGGGGGAAAAGCCAGGUAGAGUUCCCCUUCCCGGCAUUUGUAGCUGAGAAGAUUUCUUUUUGUAACAAGAGUUAGAAGAAGGAGGCUUGGGGCUUUCUGCCCUCCCUGCUCCUGCGUUAUCUCAGUGUUAUAGACUGCCCGCUCUUCCUGGAAAGGGGGAGUUACCCUUGCGAGCCAGAGGAAGGGCUGGGUAGGCACCCUCCUUUCUGUUUUUAGCUAAUAAAAUGCUAACCUGC